GUGGCGUACACGCGCAUGACGUUCCCCACGCCGCCGGCGAAGCCCGUCGCGCUGGCCCGCGCGCGCGUGUCCGCUCCCGCUCGCUCGUCCGCCUGACUGAUCGCCCUCCGGUUCCGUGGUCGUGUCGGCGAUCGCAGUGAACGGCACGCUACCGCUCGGUCAAGAUGGUCGCGGUGAAGGGACGCAAGAGCACGAGCAAGAACCCGCCGAUCCUCAGCCACGAGUUCAUCAUACAGAACCAUGCGGACAUCUUCUCCUGCGUGGCUAUGGUCUUCGUGAUCGGCCUCAUGGUGCAGGUUACCUCACCAUGGGCCUACAUGUUCAUCGCCCUUCACCACAAUGUGACAAACACCACCGAGGAGCCAACGGCGCCGAUUAGGUACACCACCGGCUGGAAGGAUGGGUGUGCGGUGUUCUUUUACUUCCUGAUAGCCAUUAUAAUGCACGCCGUGCUGCAGGAAUAUAUAUUCGACAAAAUGUCCAAGCGGCUUCAUCUCAGCAAAGUGAAGCUCUCUAAAUUUAACGAGUCCAGCCAGUUGAUAGUGUUUUACACGCUGUCUGCGCUCUGGGCCAUCGACAUUAUAAUCAGGGAGAAUAUACUUACGAACCUAUGGAUACUGUGGGAGAGUUAUCCGGUGCCGAUGUCCGCCUCCCUGAAACUAUUUUUCAUCGGUCAGCUGUCCUACUGGCUGCACUGCUAUCCCGAGCUCUAUUUUCAACGAGUUAAGAAGGAGGAGAUCUUGCAGCGCGUCCUCCACGCAACCAUCGGAUGCUUCUUCACGUUCUCGGCGUAUUUCUUCAACUUCCAGCAUCUCGCCCUGAUCUUGUUAACUCUCCAUUACGUGGGAGACGUUUUGCUACAUACGGCCAGACUCGUUCACUUCAGCAGCCAGAAGGAAAAGAGAACAAAAUUGGUGUUCCUCGUUGCCAAUUCAAUUUACGUGGUCGCGCGCCUUGCGACCAUUGCGCUCACGUGUGUGGUGUUCCUGUACGGUUUGGCGACGCAGGAGGUGAAGUUCGACUAUGCCACCGGGAACUAUAAUACUCCCGCUCUGCAGUACUCGGCGGCACUGAUUAUCUCGCUCUUCCAAGGCUAUCUCCUGUACGUCUUCGUCGCAAAGCAGAUUAAACGCUCUCGUGAAAAUGCCGCGCCCGUUGUGGUGAAGACGAAGCCGAAGCAGAAGUCGAAGAAACGAGAAGGCAAGAAAUCUGACUACGACGACUACGACUGUCUCCCAGAAGUAGACCAGGAGACGAAGAAGAAUCUGAGAAAUCGUCCUUCAGCGAAGGCAAAAUAGACGCUCAACGAAUUUGAGAAAUCAUCCUCGCAAGGCCACUUGGACAUUCGACUUUAUUCGCCUGUGUGUUACGAAUAUGUCACAAUAUUCGACUAAGGUGUACAAAAACACAUUCUCCUUAAUGUGAAAAUACGAAGCUUCCAUAAUGUUACCGAUUAAAAUUCUCGCCGUGCGAGAUGCUGCAGUAUUCGGUACUUGAUUUUGCAAUCGACAGAGACGGAAAACAGGUUUUUAAUAUUUUACGAAAGAAUUAGGCACACGAUAUUCGCUAGCGGGUAUUUUUAGCUGCAGAUCAGUUUUUCUUUUCACCAUUUUAUCGCUUUCAUACGAAUUAUACAGAUAAAUUUUACAUUCAUACAGAACCGCGGAAUGUUAGUGCGCGUACACUUUGGUACGUUGUCCUUUUGCGCGCGUUACAUACAUUUUUAUAAAUAUAUAAACGCGCGUUUAUAAUCUAACCGUAAGAGAAAUUUAUACGAUUUUAUCUCUGUCUGCCGUUACUUGAGGUUCUCUAUAAAUUUUUCUGCACACUGAUUUCUCACGAAUUUAGAGCUGAUUAAAAUAGACCUAUCCAAGUUUCUGCUCUUCGAUCUCGCCUUCAUCACCCUGCCACGGAGGUGAGAUCGAAGAGAAAGCUGAGUCCCCGCCAGAUGAUGAGCUUGGACUGGUCUUGCUACCCUGGAUUGUCCUUGGAAUAGAAUAGAGGCACAUCCCUAUUACGUUAAUAUUAAGUCACAAGGAAAAAAGUACAUAGGUACAAUGCACGAAAUAAUACUCUGGACCAGAACGUAUUACGAGAAUCACGCUCCGUAAAAGAUAUACAUAUCCUAUUAUGGAAUUAUAUUGUUACACUUAAAUAUAAGUUUUACUAUUUUUUAAUACAUAUAUAUCGAUGGAAAAGGACGGUCUCGUUAUUACAGCACCGCGCGCUCGGCGAAUGAUUGUAUUUCUUUAAAAUUACUAUUCCAAGGAAGAGGAAACGAACUUCUUGAAAGAUAAGAGUUUUUUAAAAAUAUUCCCACUUCUGCAAUCUUUUAUAUACUGUCGAAUUUCUAUUCUUCAUUCUUUUCCUAGUCGUGCAGUAAGAAUUUAACACCACGAUUCCUCGAUCAACUUUCCAUUUGCGUCUACGAUCUAUUUUUUUCAAGAUGAUUUAAUGUGCAACGAUUGUUUGAAAAUUUAUUAGCUACCUUGUUAAAUAUAAAUAAUAGUGUUAACCGAA